GCGUCGCGGUGGCAACGCGCGGGGCGGUUUCCGGAGGCGGUGGCCGAGGUGGGCGGGGCUAGACCGGAGGUGCAGGUGGGAGACAGCCACCUGGGAUCUUCACUCGGCCAACUGAUCAGCAGGAGCAGGGCCCGGUCUCAGAGUUCAGGGUGAAGGUCCUUUGGAAACUUCAGCGCCUGCAAGACUCUUUCACAGCUGGGGCUGGAAGCAACGGAACGAAAGGCGGACGGUCCUCUGUUGCUGGGGCGGACCUGGGCUCAAUUUGUCCGUCCUUGCAAGAUUCCCCCAGGGCUGGGAACUAGACGUGUAGCCCUCUCAGGUUCUCCGGCACCAUAGUGGUCGUCACUGGCCCAAGUUAGAGGCCGACUGAGAAAUCUUCGUGCCUCAGACUUGUUGAACUACAGAAUGCUUCGAUACCCAUAUUUUUGUAGAAUAUUUAGAGAAUAUUUUUCAUGCUGGUUGAAAUCUGGCAUACAUAAUUUAGGUGUUUGGCCAAAAAAAAUUCAUACUACAGCAGAAAGAUAUAAUGAAAAUGAAACCCAGGAGCAAACAGAUCUAACUGGAGAUCAGGAGUUACAGAGAUCUCAAGAUAUAGAUUCUGAAGCCAUGGCCAAAUUACAUAUUCCAGUAAUGGUGGAUGAAGUUGUUCAUUGCUUGGCACCAGAAAAAGGGCAGGUUUUUCUAGAUAUGACAUUUGGUUCAGGAGGCCACACAAGAGCCAUUCUUCAGAAGGAAUCAGAUAUUAUUCUGUAUGCCUUAGACAGAGACCCAACAGCUUAUGCCAUAGCUGAACAGCUUUCAGAAUUAUAUCCUAAGCAGAUCCGAGCUAUGCUAGGCCAGUUCAGCCAGGCAGAAGACUUAUUAAUGAAAGCCGGAGUGCAGCCAGGGACUUUGAAUGGAGUUCUUUUGGAUCUUGGGUGUUCUUCCAUGCAACUUGAUGCUCCUGAAAGAGGUUUUUCCCUUCGGAAGGAUGGCCCCUUGGACAUGAGGAUGGAUGGUGGCAGGUACCCAGACAUGCCCACCGCUGCUGAUGUUGUGAAUGCUUUAGAUCAGCAGGCACUUGCAUCCAUCCUAAGAGCAUACGGGGAGGAGAAGCAUGCCAAGAAAAUUGCUUCAGCAAUCGUUCAAGCACGUAGCAUAUACCCCAUCACAAGAACCCAGCAACUUGCCAGCAUUGUUGCAGGUGCAUUUCCUCCCUCUGCUAUUUAUGCACGAAAAGACUUGCUACAAAGAUCUACCCAUAUUGCUACCAAGACUUUCCAAGCUCUUCGAAUAUUCGUGAAUAAUGAGCUCAACGAACUCCACAUGGGACUGAAGACAGCUCAGAAGUUUCUGAAACCUGGUGGUCGUCUUGUUGCCCUUUCCUUCCAUUCAUUAGAGGAUCGCAUUGUCAAAAGGUUUUUGCUUGGGAUAAGCAUGACAGAAAAGUUUAACUUAAGUGUUAGACAGAAGGUAAUACAAACAUCCCAAUUGAGUUCAUAUCAUGCAAAUAAGGAAGGAAGCUCUGUAAGACCUCCUUUAAUGUGGGAAUUGAUACAUAAGAAAGUGCUUACUCCAGAAGAUUGGGAUGUACAAAAUAACCCCAGAGGUCGCUCAGCCAAGCUUAGAGCAGCUAUGAAAUUAUGAGAUCUGAUGUUCAAUUUUUCCCUCAGUUUCUUUAAUUUAUUUGUCUAUGUGAUGAAUAGGUUAAUACCUCCAGCUUAAAGCAUAGGACAGCCUUGAAAUUGAUAGUAUUUAGAAUUAUUUUCUUCUCAAAAGAAACUGUAGGAAGUUUUAACAUAACAUACAAAGCUUAACUCAGAGCAGCAGCAUCUUGGGGCUGGAAAAAAAUGUGUUUAUCUUGCAUUAUAUUUGACUUCUGAAAUUCAAUUCUUUCUCUGAGCAGGAAAUUUUUUAAAAAAAUAUUAUGUUUAUCUAAAUAUGUAAACUCCAACAUAAUAUCUAAAUUCUGAAUUUAGAUAUUAAAAUUUAUAACAGAUUUUUCUGUGGCUCAAAUAAUUAAUGAUAAUAUGGAAUGAAUUUUAACUUCCAUAUUGGUAAAUAAUUAAUUACUGUAGCUUUCUAAAAGUAGCCUUUUUAUAAGUUUUAAUUUUCAAAUAUUAUUUUAAAAUGGCAUUAUACUUAUGGAUUUCACUAUUGAAAUUUAUAGUUCAUUGCUUUAAAAGGAUUUUUUCAGAGUGAUAUGCGCUAAUUUUCAUAAAUUCCAAAAUAAAAGUGUAGAAUUUCCCUAACUGCCAUGAGAGAAGUGUUUCACAGAAUUUAUAUUUAAUAUCAAUUAUAUCUAUUUUAAUAACUCAGAAUUACUAUUAGUAAAUAAUACAAACUUGUUUGAAUUCUGCAUUUUUAUUGAACUAUUAAAAAGAAUUCAGUAGAGCUAUUUGAAAUAAGAAACUGUCUGAUUUAUUCAGUAUAUUAAAAUUAAUGCUCCCUUAAUGUUUCUACCUAGACAUAGAAACUAUAAUAAGGAUAAAAAGUUGUUUCAGGAAAAUUGCACUUGGUGGAGUAUUCUAUAACAAAUUGAUGAGAUUGAUUCAUAAUUCACAUGUCAUUUUUUAUUAGUAAGUAUGCACUUCUAAUUUAUUCAGUUAUUCAGCAAGUACUGAACUUGACAUUAGAGAAACAAAGGUAAGUACAAUACCUAUGAUCCAUAGUACCUGUCUGUGAAGCUUGUUGUCUAGUGGACAAGAAUGAUGUUAGUUAAAUAAUCACAAAAGUCAAUAUGAAAUGGACACAGUGAUAAAUGCUACACAGAAGCAUACGGUGUAAUUUAAAAGUAUCUGGUAGAGAUUCGACCUGUUGGAGGAAACCAGGUCUGAGAACGUGAUUGUGACCUGAAAGAUGAACAGGAGAUAAUUAAUCAAAGGGUAUAUGGAGUGGGGUGGGAGGAUGGUGUUUAAAGGUACAUAUAAAUGAGUAUUCUCUUAAGUAAUUCUUGAAAUCAUUAAUUUUCUCAGUAAACUAUUUCUUCAAAUACAGAAAACAUUCAUACUUUCCAGUAUGAUUACAAAUACUUAAUAGAAAAAUCCAAGUGAAUGAAAUAUCAACAUGACUAUAUUUACCUCAGACUCAUUUUAUUUACCUAUGUAAUAUUUAACUUUACUCCCCAAACUUGUUCACUGCUUUUAUUUUAUAGGCUUUAUUUAAAUCUAAACAAUCCUGCAAUGAAAUCAGGAUUAGAAAAAUAUCUGGGGAAUGUGCUCAAAAUAUAAACAAGAGAAUGCACUUAGGUUAAUCCCCUGAAUCCUACCUGAAGAAUUUUAUGUUUCUCUUCAUGUGUAAAAUAUAUUUGUGGAUGAAAAAGAUUUACAAUAGUAAAUUCCCAUAUGAGUAUCUGAUUAGAAAAUAAAAGACCACACUCUUAUAUUAAAAAUUGAUUCACCUAUUUCAUUAAUCAUUUUUACAUCCUGUAUAAUAUGGAGAAUUUUUUCAUUGAUGUCAAGUUAAAACUGAUUGCACUGGAUUGGAUAGUGUUGUCCUAAUAUUCAUCUGCUUCCUUAUUUGGAAAUACCAUCAUUUCAGAUAUGAGUAGUUAAGAUGAUGUCAUACUGGAGCAGGGAUGGCCUUUAAUCCAAUGUGACUUAUGUCCUUAUAAGAAGAUCAGAGAUACAAGUGAAUACGACCUGAAGGUGGAAGCAGAAAUUGGAGUGAUAAGUCUAUAAGCUAAGGUAUACUCAGUAUUGUUGGCAACCACUAGAAGAUAAGACAAAAGCAAGAAACAAAUUCUCCCUCUGAAUCUCCAGCAAGAACCUACCCUGCAGACAUCUUGGUUUGGGGGCUUCUAGCCUCUAAAACAGUUAAAAAAUACAUUUCUAUUGUUUUAAGCUACCCAGUUUCUGGUAAUAUGUUACAGCAAAACCUAGGAAACUAAUACUCUGACAGAUCAAAAUCUUGAGUAAUAUGAUGAGAAAAAUACUUCUUCAAUACACACCAAAUUGGUUUCAAAAUGUUUUAGUGCAAAAUAUAUUAAAUGUUUUGUUAUUAGGCUUUGUUGUAAAAUGCAUAAUAAAAUAUGUGAAUGAGUUUUAAAUGGUUAAUUAUGGAGGAUGGCUUUGGGAAAUUCAAACAAUACACAGAGAAAAUAAAAAUUGAUUAUUAGGAUGAAUAUGCAACACUUUUCUAAUAAAAUAUUUCUGAAUCUCUA